UGUUUGAGAAUGUGUAAUGUAAUUUUCUUGGCAGCAAGAUUUUGAGCAGCUGUUGGUUUAGUGGGUUGUUUGUAGUGUGGUAAAACGUGAGAUAGAUUUUAUUUGAAUGUUUUCCUUCGUUUGGGCCUCAAAACAAUCUCCUGCUGCUGAAGGCAGACAUAAGUAAAGAUGAAACUAUGGGAAAGAGAUGGGAUAUCUUGUUCUGUAUAGAAGAUUGGGAUUUCAAAAUCAGGAGCAAAUACCUGAUAACCUUUGAAGUUGCUUGUCUACAUUAAGCUAACAUCCUUGUUCUAUAGUCAUGGCAAGUGAAAGUCAUUUCAAAAAGAAGAAAACUCGCAGCCAGGAACUAUCAGAGGAUUUUGAUUUAAUUGUGAAUGAAAUUAACGAUUUUAUUGCUAUUUUAGAGGAACAAGGACACAAGCCUAGUGUGCCAUUACCAUUGGAUACUGGACAGGAAGUUGAUUCUGAAACUUCGUCUCUGUCUCUGUCGCCACGUAACACUGUUAUCCACAUCGAGGACACUGAUCUCUUCCUCCAGCAACAGGAGAGUUCAGAACCCAUCUACGAGUCAUUUGAUGAGGUCCAUGAAUGUCCGUAUGAAUCUAUACAGAAUGUAAGACCAAAACCAAAGGCUAUUGCCACAGCUAACCUUAUUCCCCAGGCCUACAAACCACUGCCCAAACCCAAACCUCUCAACCUCAGAAAGAUGGGAGAGCCAGGACACCCGCCUAAAAGGGUCAAGGCCAUUCACAAUUUUAAGGGCACAAACAAUGAUGAGUUGUGUUUGAACAAGGGUGACAUAAUAACUGUGUCCCAGACAAUGGAUGGAGGGUGGUGGGAGGGAACACUGAAUGGCAAAACAGGCUGGUUCCCCAGUAACUACGUCAAGGAACUCAAAUCUGAUAUUGUUACACAAGAUAUCCCAGGAAAGAGACAGUCAGGGGCCCUGAAGGGGGACGUUCAAGUUUAUAAACGAGAGAGCAUGCAGUAUUAUCAUAAUGUGGUUUUACAGAAUGUGAUUGAAACUGAGAAAACACAUGUCCAGGAAUUAACAACAGUGUUACAAACGUACAUUCAGCCAAUUCAUAACUCAUCCAUACUGACCCCCACAGAGUACUCUCAGCUGAUUGGGAACAUAGAGGAGAUCAUAUCAUUCCAGAACACUUUUCUUUUAGCCAUAGAAGAGUGCAUGAAACAGCCACCUCACCAGAGAAGGGUGGGAGGAGUGUUUCUUAAGUAUGCCCCUCGUGUGAAGGAGCUCUAUAUGGCGUACUCAGCUAAUCAUCCUCAAGCUGCAGCCAUUCUACAAAACAAAAGAGAUGAACUGAAUAAGUUUAUGGAAUCAAUUGGUGCUACUAAAGGAACAAUGAUGUUAACUACAAAUCUGUACAAGCCAUUUACCCGGUUAGACAAGUAUCCCAGUCUCCUAAAGGAGCUGGAAAGGCAUAUAGAGGAGAGUCACAUAGACAGAGGGGAUACUCAAAGAGCCAUAUCUGUAUACAGGGAAAUAGCUAAUGCUUGCAUGGAAAUUAGAAAGUGUAAAGAGAUGGAGUAUGAGAUAUUAACAAGUUCUAUAAAGGGCUGGGCAGGGGAGGAUAUAGCCAAGCUCGGGGAGGUGGUCAGGUUGUCCCAGGUACAGGUGACCUCCCUGAAUGGUGACAAAAAUGACCGGAUAUUUGUGUUGUUCCCUGGUCUACUUGUUAUGUUGUCAAUGAGCCCCCGACUCAGCGGGUACCAGUAUGAGGGUAAAUUACCACUCAGUGGAAUGACUGUAAGCAUCAUAGAGGAAGAGGAUAUGGAGUGUAGCUUUGAAAUAUCAGGUAAUAUGAUAGAUAAGAUAAUUGUGACCUGUGGGAGCCCCAUGGAUGCAGCGGGCUGGGUCGAGGCCCUAGGGAAGGACCAAGCUCAGGUUACAGUGAUGAAUGGACCCAGCAGUAAAAGUUUUCAGGAGACUCGUUCACUUCCUAACUCCAACACACCUGACAUAGAUAUGGCAAAACAGAUCACCACUUAUGGAGAGAUUUCGACCUCCCAGCCUAGUAUAAGUUUGUUGACUCCAGCUAAGACCGCACUGGUGACACAUUCCACCUGGACAAUGUCCUGUCUCCGCCCCUCCCCACCCCUCAGACAGCACCUCCCAUGUAAGGAGGAUCUAGUCAGAAGUCCUCGUAUGGGUAGGAAACCUGUCAGGCGGAAACCAGUGCGGACCCAUUCUCAGGAUGAGUAUGAUUAUAAAUACAAAUGGCGACAAUAUGAUCCCAGAACUAUGGAAGAGGAUGCAUUGAUUCUGAAAGUGAUCGAGGCGUACUGCACUAGUGCUAAAACAAGACACACCGUUAACUCUUUGGACCUUAAGAAGCUUCGUCUGAGUGCGGAGGGAACCGUGGAAGCUAUUGCUAAGGAAAAAUUUACGUUGGUGAGACCCCUUCCUAAUCCUAAUCUUGGUACCAUUAAUGAAAGUGUGAAGAAAGCGGACGUAGCUGUCCAAGCCUUGCCUAAAGAAUCCGUAAACAUAGUGAAACCAUUACAGUCAGAGAGUACAGGCACACCUAAUGUCAUUCGACGAGAUGUCGGCAUCCAAGCUUUCGUGACCUGUCCCCAUGUCCUGAUGCCAGAAGAGGAGAAGAUAAUUAUAGACGAUGGCGACCCCUGUAACCUACAGGAAAAGACAUUGGUGGACACAGUUUAUUCCUUAAAGGACCAAGUUAGAACUCUAGAACAGGAACAUAAAAAGAUGAAGAGGGAUUUAGAAGAAGAGCAGAAAGCCAGAAGAAAACUACAGUCUACAAUCAAAAAAGUCUUUAAAAACAACAACCUAAUAUGGGAAGAAGCACCCACUUAACUUAUCAGGAGAGAAAGAAAAUAGGAACAGCAGCUCUUUGUGAUAAAUAUGUAUCAAAGUAGAAAAUAACAUAUACUAUAAUAAGAUGUGAAAUGGAAAUGUGCUUAAUUCUACUUGAAAAUAGUGUUCUUUGUCUGAUUUAAAAUAGAUAAACACAUGACCGUGAGUUUGAGCUUGUGUCAGAUUUUGUAAGAAGUUUGACACAAGCUUUAGAGGAUAUCCUAUUUAAUUAAGGAAAAGGAUUGUAUACAUUAUGUUGGAAAUAAGGUUGUAUGAGGACCAAUAUUUCUUAUAAACAGUGCUUGCUUUUAUACAGUUUUGUAAAGGAGAACCAAAACAUUUGGGGUCUAGAUUUAUGAUAAUCAUGGAAUCUUUGUGAGACGCCAUUCAUUUUACUGAGAUAUUGUGUUUUUAUAGAAUAUUUAUAUCAAGUAAGUCUGAUAUCAGAUUAUGUUCAUUCAAAAUUAUAUUGAAAGAGUUGUGAAUCAUCAAGAUUAUAUAUAAAAUGUUUAAAAAUUUAGAAUUGUUCAUGCAUUUUUAAAAAUUUAUUUAUUGUGUUCUAUGAUGAAUUUUGAGAUUUGAGUCUUUUGUUUGUCAAAAUGAUUUGCAAUAGUGCUUGACUUUUUCAUUACUAUUUGUAAUUAUAAAGUUGUGAAAUAAAAUUUACUUUCAUCCAUGUUAUUUAUUUACAAUUUUGUAGAAAAAGGAAAGCUCUUUUUAUUACAGCUGUACAUUGAAAUUGUAUUAAUACAUGCAUAUGCUUUCUUUUUUGCACAUUUCAUUUUUUUUUUCAUGAAGAUUUUGUACAGAAUACAAAAUAUCCUUUUCCUGUCUAGCAGUUGAAGGCAAGGCCCAGUAUUAAAAAAAAAGUUGUAAAAUUUUAUGUUUGAAAAUCAGAAAAGCAUAAUAUCCAUCACCAGUUUGUACAUGUAGGUUGUUUGUGUUCUGAAGUUUAUGUAUUUAAGUUUAGGGACAUGCUUCAUUAAUUGUAACAUUUGUCUCUUUAAUGACCGUGAGAUGGUAGUUGUAUUUUGUGCCAAAUAUGCUUAAUAUGCUAAACACAUACACAGAGAAUUUCCAAACUUUACAUCAAUAAUGAAAUAUAAAGGUGGGGGAAGGGGGAAUGUUGCAAGCUAAUUUAUAUGUACAUGUAUGUAGAUCAGGAUAAAUGAUUUAUAAUAUAGUGUUGGGCUUCAUAUCGGUGCAUAAUGGAAAUGUUGGAGUAAUUAUGAUUGACAUACAUAUGUUUGAGUUGGUGACUGUUGGGAAUAUGUGACAACCCAUAUGGGGCGUGCAGUGUGUGUCUGUGUGAACACUGACUGAUAAUAAAUUAUGAUAUUGUGAGUUGUCAUGAAAACAUUGUGCAAUACAUUGUUUUAAAUAAUUGGACAUGUUUGAUUUGUCUCCUUUGUCUAAUGUAUAUUUCUGCAAGUUUCUGCAACAAAAUGUGAAAUAAAACAAUUGCAAAGAUUCA